AAGAAAAUACGAGCUAAAUGUAGGAGACACGGGCGGAAGGGCCAGCUCCAAGGGAGGUAGGACCAGAAGCCAGAGAGGUAUAUAUACUGUCUGAACCACCUGCUAUUCUCUCACCAUCCUCUCAAGCCAUCCAGUCGCUCCAGUCAAGACAACAACCUCAGUCCGCUCCUUUCACGAGACUUCUCGCAAAAACAACUUCAUUCACUUUCAAAAUGCACUUCACCAAGGCCACGAUCAUCGCCAUGGCGGCGCUCCUCUCUUCCGGUUACGCCCUUCCCAGCGGUCUCGAUGCCCGCCGCUCCGGCGAUGCUUGCCAGGUCCAGCAAUGCUGCGAUGAUGCGGACAACCAGUGCCGCACCGCCCCGGAGGCCAACAUGAGCAAGUGCUCGGCUGACAAGGACACCUGCUACACCAACAUUGGUCUCCCGAGCCCUUACGGCAAGGCCAAGCGCGAUGCCCCCACCAAGGAGUCCUGCGACGAUGCGGACAACAAGUGCCGCACGGCUGAUGACGCCAACAUGAGCAACGCCGACAAGGACGCCUGCUACACUAAGGCCGGCCUGCCGAGUCCCUACGGCAAGGCCAAGCGCCAGGAGACUGCUGUCGACUGCAAGGACAAGGAGUGCUGCGACCAGCAGGACAACGAGUGCCGCACCGCUCCGGACGCCAACAUGUCCCAGUGCUCUGCCUGGAAGGAUUCGUGCUACACCAGCAACAACCUGCCUAGCCCCUACGGCAAGUUCUAA